UGUCCUAACUCGGCAGUCGGCACAACGUCGGAGCAGCGGACUUGAAAAACGAAUAUGUUACGGUGACAACUUUUGCCAGUGUGAAAAAGAAAUAAAAAGCAUUUCGAUUCCGUUAAAAAAAGGGGCCAAAUCCAUCUCCCUUCCAUACUCUCCGUUCCAUUUCGUGUUGCUUUUUGGCGGUUUUGAUCCUUUUGGUUUCGAACAUUCGCCCGAAUUUCUCUGACACCGCUCUCUCUCUCUCUCAGAUUUUUUGAGCUUAAGGUUUUGUAGAUCGGAGAGUUCAACGGAGCUGCGGGUUCUUCACUGAUGACUAAGACAAACGUGGACGAAUCUGCGGUUCCUGCAAUUAAAAAUGAAGCUGUUGAAGUUGAGAAUCUACAUGCGGAACCUAAACGUGAUCCUGAUUCAUUGGACAGUAUUUUAAGGUCGGAAAAAUGCUUGCAAAUGGGGGAAUAUCCAUUUGGAUAUGAUUUUGACCUGAAAUCAUGUUAUGGUGUACUGGAUUCUGGUGAAACUAGAGAAGGAGAACAUGAUUUAAAGCUUGAAGUUCUUGAUGGAUUGCUGGAUGAAGUUGAUGAAGUUGAUGAUAUUCAUGCAGCAAACGAUCUCUCUACUGCAUGUACAGAUUUUCUUUGGGAUAUUGAGUAUGUGGAAAAAGUUUCUGAGUUCAGUUGUCCUCCCCGUGAAGGUUCACGAUUUCGGAAUCCACCUUCAGAAAGUCAUUCUCCGGGUUGUAGUGGAAGUAGCAAUGGCGCAAAUGGAGUAUCAGAUACAUCAACUGCAACUAUUCUAGAAUCUGGGUGCAAGAAUGAUUUGCUUGAGAAUGUGGCCAUUUGUGAGUUACAUAUUGUUUCUAGAAGUGAAUGUGGGUGCCAUCUUCCAGUUCAGGAGCAAAUCUGCCUCUCUUCACCUGAUACAAGAAAUCUUGAUGACUUAGAUAAUGACGAACACUGUAUUAUAGUAAAUGGGAUGUCAUCUGAUGAGAAAGAAAAAAACUUUGGUGCAUCUAUUAGCCAGAAGAGAUUGCGUAAACCAACUCGAAGGUUCAUUGAAGAAUUCUCAAAACCGAAAUUGAUAGACGUAAUGGAAAUUCAAAAUAUUCCUACUGGCGCUUCGAAGGACAAAUACCUCAAGGUUGAAUCCUGCAAAGAACAUCAGGUUCGAGUAGUGGCUGAUCAAGGGGAGGGACCAUUAAGUGGAACUGGUACUCUCACAUCGCACGAAACUCGGCCCCGCAGAGGACGUCCAAAGAAAUUUACACCUGUUUUGGACCUCCUAUCUGAGGACGAACUUUCUGAUUUUGAUGAUGAACAUGUGAAUUUGGGUAGAAGAUCUAAAACAGUUGCUGACCGGAGGAAGCAUCAGAGGAUGUGGACCCUUUCUGAGGUACUGAAGUUGGUCGAUGGAGUUUCUCAGUAUGGUGUUGGAAGGUGGACUGACAUAAAGAGGCUUUUUUUUGCAUCAUCAGCUUAUCGCACUCCUGUAGAUCUGAGGGACAAAUGGAGAAAUCUUCUGAGGGCGUGCAGUUUAGAGAAACAAAAGCAGAAAAAUGGUCGAAAAGAGAUUGAGGACAAGCUGAAGCAUGCCGUUCGUCCCUUGCCAAAGUCUGUGUUAUGCCGGAUCCGUGAACUGGCUACUGUUCAUCCAUAUCCAAAGGAUCGCAAUACGAAGCUUUCACGCGGUAGCCAUGUUUCCCCACCAACAGUUUCUUCAACUGAAGUGGAUUUGGCUAGUCCUGUUGCAAGAAAUGUCCGUCGGAAGAAGUCUAGUUGAACAAUAUUUUGUCGGUUGGCUGUUAACUAUAAUCAGGAAUCGUACGGAGUUUAGCUGUAAAAAGCUAUCCUUUCAGUAAUAGCUCCAGCAAUCACCUGCACAUACACAUGAACUUAAACCUGUAGAAAUCUCAUCACAUUACAGUGAAUGUGACGAAAGUAGAUCCGAAAUUCAGUUGUCAAUUGCCGGAAUUAUGGCAAACUGAUGUGUAUUACAAAGCAAUGCUCUCUUCUAGAUUUUCACAUGUUAUUGGUCUUUAUGGUUGUAGUAUUUUGACUUCAGCCACUUUAACCAUAACUAACUGCCCUCUGUUUAGCCAUUUCCAACAUCACUGUUGUCAUCAUUUGCUUAUUGAGUGUUGGAAAUCUGGCUACCAUGUUGUUGUC